CUUCUUUCCUUCCUCCGAUCUGACUCCUUCGACCAUCUCAAUACAUUUUUCUCUCAGGUCGUCUUCGCUGUGUUCCCCUCCGACAAUGACGCUGCUCCUUCACGUCACCUGUCCUUUGUCAAUGGAAUGUGGGUUGAUAAAUCCCUUUCCAUUUACCAUUCUUACAAACAACUUGUGGCCACUCAUUACAAGGCCACUCUAGCUUCAGUUGAUUUUCUGACCAAGGCAAUAUCAAUUUGCCACGAACAUCCUAAUUUUUUGUAGUUGAACAACAAAUGCUUGUUUAUAAAAUAAUUAUUAAUUUUGAUUUUGAUGUGGUUUUAAAGGCUGAUCAGGCAUGCCAUGAAGUGAAUUCAUGGGUUGAACAGGAAACUAAUGGCCUUAUUACCGAGUUGCUUCAUCCCAGUGCAGUAAGCAAGUUCACUAGACUUAUAUUUGCAAAUGCACUGCACUUCAAGGGUGAGUGGAAACACAAGUUUGAUGCUUCAUUCACAUACCCUUGUGAUUUUCAUCUCCUUGAUGGCACAUCAGUUAAGGUUCCCUGCAUGACAACGUGCUAUAGUCAGUAUUAUAUUAGGGCUUUUGAUGAUUUCAAAAUCCUUGGUCUUCCAUAUAAACAAGGUACAAAUAAAAAAUGUCAGUUUUCCAUGUACAUUUUACUUCCAGACGCCAAAGAUGGACAUUCAGCUUUAAUAGAAAAGAUGGCUUCAGAGUCUGGUUUCUUUGAAGGCAAGCUACCUCGGCGAAAAAUGGAAGUCCGGUACUUUAUGAUUCCAAAAUUCGAUAUUUCUUUUUCAUUUGAAGCUUCUGAAGUGCUGAAGGAGAGCGGAGUUGUUUCACCUUUCUCUCAACCAGAUGCAGAUUUUACAAAAGUGGUGAAGGUGAAUUCUCCUUUGGAUGAAUUAUAUGUGGAAAGCUUAUUUCAAAAAGCUUUCAUUAAGGUACAUGAAAAAGGAACUGAAGCUGCAGCGGCCACAAUUAUGAAUUUGAGAGGAGGAGGUGAUCCACCACCGGGUUUAGAUUUUGUAGCUAACCACCCAUUUCUCUUCUUGAUUAGAGAAAAAUUCACAGGAACAAUUCUCUUUGUUGGGCAGGUGCUCUGCCCUCUUCAAGGAGCAGAUUGAGUACCCUUGCAGAAAAUGUUUAGGAGGAUUGGGAAUAGAAUUCCUUGUUCGCCCUUUAUGCAAUGCAGGGGAGUAGUAGACUAGGCUGUCUAGUAUUUUGAACCAGUGGAGAAUAGAGAAGAGGAAGAUGAAGGGUAAUGAUGAUGGUAAGCAUGGGGCUACAUCAAAGAGGAAGUUUUUUUUGGUCAGCACACCAAAGAGGAAGUGGUCAAGCAAAGAUGAUGAAAGACUCUGUAUACGAUAUAGAGAUGGGUUUUUAAUUAAGUGAUGUUGUCAAUAUUUAUGGGUUAAAACCUGUGAUAGAACUACUAUCUUAUGCAUUGUUAGUAUUUCUGAUGCCUUUUAAGUGUUGCUAGUUUUUUUUUUCCUUGUUUUAAUAUUUGGAUUUUUAUUACAAUCUGGCUUAUUUAUUUUAAUUUCAUGUUAAUUGGGUCAAUUGUUUUCUCGGUUAGACACAAAAUGCUAACAUGAUGAAUCUUAAGAGAAUUAUCUGAUGUGAUGCUGCUGAUCCCUUUGCAGAGUGCAUUUGAAAUUCCAGAUGCUAACACCUGUAAAAAUUGAAAUAAAUAAAUAGAAAGGAAGUUUACAGAAACACCCUCUAAUAAACCUUUCUCACCGGUGAAGAAGAUUGAAAGGCAAUCGAAGAACUACACCUGGAAAAUAUCUGAAAACUCCAUAUCUCCCUUACCCCUUACUGCUUAUCUUAAAAAUUCAGAUCUCCAUCCCCGCACGACUCUGCCAACAUAACACCCAUCUUAACAAACCCAUCAUGAUUCCUCUCAUAAUACCCUCAAUCC